UAAGAAUAACCACUUUAUGCUUUGUGUUUUAUGUUUAUUCGUAGACUGUGUCCAUAUAGCAAAUACCAAUAUAUUAAUAAAGAAAUAUGGAUUUUAUUAAUAUUUCCUGAACAAGUAUUUAAAAUGACCAUUACAUUAACCUUAUUACACAUUACAAUGACUAUUACACAGCCUUCUCCAUCCUCUGCAGGCAAAAAACAACAUUAAUAGCCAAUGUGUUCUCCUAAACAUACGACAUAAGAAGAAUAAUGAAUCUGAUCGCAAAACUUCUCGUGUUGCUCUUUACUUCGACGACAAUGUCACCUGGAAACACAAAUGAGAUUUAUUUUACAAAAACUAUAACAAGGCUAGAUCUUGUUGAACCUUCUUUGGGAAUUUGGUCCGGUCCUAGAUUUGGGACAUCCCAAUGCAGUUUUACAUGCCUUCAGGAACCACAAUGUGUAUCGUUAUUGUUCAAUGAAACGACAAAGUUAUGCUAUCUUUUCAACGUAAUAUUUGAUGGCGACGAAAGCGGAGAUGUGGAGAGUUAUUGGGUCAUCAACAACGGAAACACACGUUUUGUACCAGCAUCAUGCAUUGAUCUUUUGUCUUGUGCUGAAAAUACAUCGGAUGGAGAGUACUGGAUUUAUCCAAUAGCAGCCAAUGGGAGACGAACCAAGAUCUUUUGUCAUGAUAUGGCAACUGGGCCAUCACAUUUCAUCACCUUAAAAAACACGAAUAGCUUCAUUGAACACGAUGACUCAAACUGGGAAAUUAUUUGGCAACCAUGCCGAUCCAAUCUUAAACCUCCAUUAAAAGAAGUGGAGUUUACCAAAAUUAAGAUACGGAUAGAGGACAUGGUGGUUAAUGGAACAGACUACACGUUCACUUUUGUGACAGGAUCACCCACAAUUAAGUAUGGAGAGACCGCAGACUGUAACGGGGAACAGUUUUGGGACCAUUGUCCUCAUUUUGGACAUGCAAUGAUCGAUACUAAAGGAACUGGACUUAUAGUUGAUCCUACGGUUGUAUUUGGUAAAGUAUGGGGAUUUGAAACUAGAGCGACCGAUUUCCUUCGGUCAGCGGACGGUUCUGAGAUAUCCUUCUCUUGCGCUGGAUGGUGCGGUGGGUGUGGUCCAGUGUCUGGACCGAUCAAGCUUGUUCAUUCUGUAGAAUUCAUUUCAGCUACGGAUGCUCAACCCAUUGUGUGUCACAAGUGAAAAAGAUUUUUCAUAUACAGUUUGGUAGGGCGAUGGUUACAAAAUUUAUAAAUAUAAAUAACAUAAAAGGUGAUAUGAUUAUCACAUCUAUGUUUAACAGAUGCCUGUGCACAUGCGUAGAUUGCUUUGUAUGAUUUAUUUUUGUGAAACGUUUACUUUUUUCCAUUUAUUUUUAUAAUUGAUAGGGUUUAAAAAUGAUAUUUAUUGUUACAAGCAAUGGGAUAAAAAAAAAACUGUUGUAAAUGGUAGAAUUCAAAUGAUACAUUAUAUUUUAAAGAUUUGGUAUGAUUAAAUGUCAUUGAUUAUCAAUCUAAGGGUUUUCAUAUUUGUUCAUAAGUCACAUUUAAAUUCUUAUAAGAAUUAUCUUUUUACCUUUUUAACUCUGCCUUUCAAUAUUUUUUUCAGCUUAAGUCUAAAAAUUCUGCAUUAUGUAUUAUGGUGUAAAAUUUAUGUUUAGAUUUGAUGUACUAAUAAAUAUAUGAAUGUUUUUCUGUGAUUG